AUGCAAUUGUGGCAACGAAUUCUUGGAUUAUUGACAGUCUUUUCCUGCUCGCUGUACACAAAAGGCGUCAGUGAAAAGUCGCCAUUGGCCGGUGUAAGCAUGACGGUGCUCAAGGUGAAAUAUGGCAGCGACAUCAGGAAAACCGUGAUCAGGCAUAACAACGACCUGACGAUGAACGACCUCAUUCUAAUGGUGCAACGAAUCUUUAAUGUUCAACCGCACGAUCCGCUGGUGUUGAAAUACAAAGAUACAGAUGGCGACUUGAUUACCUUGGUCGACGAUUCGGAUUUGAGCCUCGCCUUGAACUACGAAGCUUUGACCGUCGAAGUGCUUGGAGGAUCUGCCUCGUUGGAAACAAUCAAAGACAACCUCGUCCAAAUUCAGGCUUCAAUCGAUCGUCUCACGAGCUCAAUUGCAGCUUUGGAAAACUUGCCAGCUUCGAAAGAAACCACUGCCAGUCAUCCAGCUCCUCCGAAGUUCAACGGUAUUCCGACCAACAACAUCCCGUCACCUCCUUCGCCUGAACCAUCGCCUACGCAAGUUGCUCCCAUUCCUGCCACUAUCCAACCAUCGUUCCACGAGCAGUUUCAUCAUGAUCACGGUGGGCUUCAUGCUGUCCACAAUGACAACGUUGUUGAAGAGGAGAUACCGUUGGGAGCCGAAGCUGCAUCUGUGGCCAGUCAUCCAGCCAGUCAUUUCUCACAUCCGAAUGACGGCUUUGUAUAUCAACCGCAGCCAUUGCAGAAUCAAGGAGUUCCCAGCCACUUCCAGCCUCCACCCGCUUCGGUUCCAUCGUUUCCACCAAGUCAUCAGGCGACACCACCAAUUUCUGCAACGGCUCCAUCACCGAUGAUGCAUCCUGAACCUGCUCCACCCGCUCCACAACACGUCAAUGCGAGUCCAUUUGGCGUGCAGACUCCAUAUCAACCUCAACCUCAAUCGCAAUUCGGCGGACCACCCGUCAGUGCCCCUUCUCAAAUUCCGCCUCAAUUCGUUCCUGGAUUCGGAGGGGCCCCAUCCGCCCCACCAUCGCAGUACGGCCAACAGCAGCAAGUGCCACCACCACCCGGACCUCCUCAACAAUUCGGCCAGUUUCCUGGCGGACCAUCAAAUGCUUCGGGAUUCCCACCAGCUGGACAAUAUUCUGCUCAACAAGUGCCACCACCAGCACCCGAGCCAACGCACCCGAACCAUCCACCAGUCUCGGCACCGCCAUCAGCUUUUGCACCCGGACUUUCACACCAACAGGCAAUCCCUCCACCAAACUUUCCACCGAUGGGUGCUGCCGGCGGACCUCCACCAAUGAUGGGUGGACCUGGUGGAAUGCCUGGAAUGAAUCCAUUCGCUCGUGGACCAGCACCGCCGCAAGCAAAUUACCGACAGUCGCCCUAU